AUAUCCGCCAUCUUUUUGACCCGGUUUGUAAACACUGGUCUGUCAGUUGAGAGCCAGACAUCGAAUAACAUACCCUUUAAUUGUAUUUCAGUGGAGCUUUUACUGCUUCUCUUAACCAUUUUAUUUGUAGAAUUUCAUCAGCGUUGACGUACCUAUCAUGGAACGAAGUUUAGGCAGCUAACUUUAACGGUAACGGGUAACGUUAGCCAGUUUAGCCGUUAGCAGGACGGUUAGUAAAACAUGGCUCAUUAACAAACAGCUAAAGAAACCUACUGUAUGCUUCACUGGAAGUCUACUGCGGGGGGCGCUGCUGCUGUGUAGUGAUUCCUGUCUCUCUCCUGUCCUGGUGUCUGUCUCUCAGCAGGAUGAUCUCUCAGCUCUUCAUCUUGUCCUCAAAGGGCGACCACCUCGUCUACAAAGACUUCCGCGGAGAAGCAGGAAGUGAUGUCGUCAAUAUUUUCUACGAAAAGGUCACAGCGCUGAGCGGAGACCAGCCUCCGGUCGUCAUGAGUCACAAAGAUCUUCACUUUGUCCACGUGCGGCAGGGAGGACUCUACUGGGUCGCCACGACGACCGCGGACUCCUCCCCCUUCACUGUCAUCGAGUUCCUCAACAGGUUAACGGCUUUGGUUAAAGAUUACUGCGGCAGCCUGUCAGAGAAGUCGGUGCAGAUGAACUUUGCCCUCAUCUACGAGUUGCUGGACGAAGUCGUGGACUAUGGUUACAUCCAGACGACGUCCUCUGACGUCCUGAAGAACUUCAUCCAGACUGAAGCCGUCUCCUCCAGACCGUUCAGCCUGUUUGACCUCAGUAACGUCGGCUUGUUUGGAGCUGAGACGCAGCAGAGUAAAGUGGCUCCGAGCUCCGCCGCCACCCGACCGAUCCAGUCCAGCAGAGAGCAGGGAGGGAAGAGCGAGAUAUUCGUGGACGUGAUCGAGAGGAUGUCGGUCGUCAUCGGUUCCAACGGAGUUUUGAUGAAGGCCGACGUCGAGGGAGAAAUCAGAGUCAAGUGUUACAUGCCAAGCUGCUCGGAGAUGCGAAUCGGUCUGAAUGAAGAAUUCAGCAUCGGCAAGUCACAGCUCAGAGGUUACGGAGCUGCUGUUCGUGUUGACGAGUGCAGCUUCCACCAGGCGGUCCGACUGGACGAGUUCGACAGCCACCGGAUCCUCCGGCUGUGUCCGAGCCAGGGAGAGCAAACCGUGAUGCAGUAUCAGCUGAGUGAUGAUCUGCCGGCGGCGCCUCCUUUCCGCCUCUUCCCAACCAUCGAGAGAGACAGCGGAGGAAGGCUGCUGAUGUACCUGAAGCUUCGCUGUGAUCUGCCGCCAAAGAGCGCUGCCAUCAACGUCUGCGCCAGCAUCCCCGUUCCCAAAGGCUCUGUGAGUCUCUCUCAGGAGCUCAGCAGUCCUGAUCAGAGCGCUGAGCUGAAGCUGCAGAGCCGAGCCAUCGACUGGCAGAUCCCUCGUUUCCCCGGAGGAACGCAACUGUCCGCGCUGUUCAAGCUGGAAGUGUCCGGCCUCAGCGCGGCCUCCAUGUUGGAAGUGGGUCCGGUGGGUCUGAGCUUCGAGCUGCCCAAACUCACCGCCACGGGGCUCCAGAUCCGCUUCCUGCGCCUGUCGCCGGUCCAGCCCGGCCCGUCGCAGCGCUGGGUCCGAUACGUCACGCACUCAGACUCCUACAUCAUCCGGAUCUAAACACCUGCUGCAGUCUGAUGGGGGGGGGGGGGGGGUGUGUGUGUGUGUGUGUGUGUGUGUGUGUGUCUCUGUGUGUGUGUGUGUGUGUGUGU